GUGUUUGAUUUCCGCUCCACCUAAAGCCAUAGCCGAACACUCUGAAGAAAGCUCAGAGAUCUUCACCAAGCUCUGCUGAACUUCCCGCCUUCCGCAACCAAAUCAACCACCAUGUGCGGCGAUGCAACGAACUGGGACGAAGAAGCAUACAGAGAAUCCAUAUUAAAGGAGCGAGAGAUCCAAACCCGAACAGUUUUCCGAACCGUUUGGGCUCCGUCGCUUAACCCUAACCCGGACACCGUCGUCGUCGCCUCCAGCGACGGAUCGGUUUCCUCCUACUCCAUCCCCUCCCUUAUCUCCAAGCUCCCACUGGGUUUCAGCAAUGUGAAAUCUCCAAAGUCGUUAAUGGCGGAACCUACUUGCUUCCUUCAAGCUCAUGAAGGACCUGCUUAUGAUGUUAAGUUUUACGGAAAUGGCGAAGAUUCUGUAUUGUUGAGUUGCGGUGAUGAUGGACGGAUUCAAGGAUGGAGGUGGAAGGAUUGGGAGGAAUCGGAUGUGCCUAUUCAUUUGCAAGGAAAGCAUGUGAAGCCCAUAAUUGACCUUGUGAACCCCCAACAUAAAGGUCCAUGGGGGGCUCUAUCUCCAAUCCCAGAAAACAAUGCUCUUGCUGUUUACAACGAGGGGGGAUGCAUUUUUUCUGCUGCUGGUGAUUCUUGCGUCUAUUGCUGGGAUGUGGAAAGAGGUCAAGUCAAAAUGACUUUUAAGGGGCAUUCAGAUUACUUGCAUUCUGUAGUUGCUCGGAACUCUACCAAUCAGAUCAUAACUGGUUCAGAGGAUGGGACAGCACGGAUAUGGGAUUGCAAAAGUGGAAAGUGCGUUCAAGUAUAUGAGCCAGCCAAGGGUAUUAAGUUGAAAGGAUUUUUUUCAUGCGUCAGUUGCAUUGCUCUUGAUGCAAGUGAAAGCUGGUUGGCUUGCGGUAGUGGUCAGAGUUUAUCAGUUUGGAACCUUCCUGCUUCUGAAUGCAUUUCAAGGGUUUCAACUUGUGCAUCCGUACAGGAUGUAGUAUUCGAUGAAAAUCAAGUAUUAGCAGUUGGAGCAGAACCUCUACUUUCCCGUUUUGACAUAAAUGGGGCGAUUCUUUCACAAAUGCAAUGUGCUCCUCAGUCUGCCUUUUCCGUCUCAUUACACCCAUCUGGGGUUACCGCAGUAGGAGGUUACGGUGGUCUUGUGGAUGUUAUUUCGCAGUUCGGAAGCCACUUGUGCACAUUCGGCUGCCGAUGCGUUGUUACCGCAGUAGGAGGUUACGGUGGUCUUGUGGAUAGUCCGUUAUAUUCUCCUAUUCCACUCCUGCUAAUGGGUACCCGCCACGUACCCGGAUGGAAUCUGGACUGGAGGGACGCGAAGACCAUACACAAACCCUCACUCGCUGAGUUUUCACUCAUCAAUCAUCAUCCGCCCAACCCCUCUCUCUCUCUCUCGCUUUCUCCCUCGCGCAAUCCUCAACUCCGCGGCUUAGAUCCGAGGAGUUUGGGAAACCCUAAUUUCCAGAAAACCAGCACAAAGCUCUCUUCCGACGCUCUCUCUCUCUCUCUCUCUCUCUCUCCUCGCCUUCAACUUUCUCACUCAUCACUCGCAGUCAUGGCAGCAGCACCUGAAGGAUCGCAAUUUGACACUCGUCAGUAUGAUACCAAAAUGAGCGAAAUACUUGCAACUGAUCAGCAGGAAUUCUUUACAUCGUAUGAUGAAGUUUAUGAUAGUUUUGAUGCUAUGGGUCUUCAAGAGAAUCUUCUGAGGGGAAUCUAUGCUUACGGUUUUGAAAAGCCCUCGGCUAUUCAGCAAAGAGGAAUUGUUCCCUUCUGCAAGGGUCUUGAUGUGAUUCAACAGGCUCAGUCUGGAACUGGAAAGACAGCGACUUUCUGUUCUGGUAUUCUUCAACAGCUUGAUUAUAGUUUGACGGAAUGCCAAGCCUUGGUUCUUGCACCCACUCGAGAGCUUGCUCAACAGAUUGAGAAGGUUAUGAGGGCUCUUGGAGAUUAUCUAGGUGUGAGGGUGCAUGCUUGUGUUGGUGGAACUAGUGUCCGUGAGGACCAACGCAUUCUGUCAAAUGGAGUUCAUGUUGUUGUUGGAACUCCAGGUCGUGUUUUUGACAUGCUUAGAAGGCAGUCACUUCGUCCUGAUAGCAUCAAGAUGUUUGUUUUGGAUGAGGCUGAUGAAAUGCUUUCCCGUGGUUUCAAGGAUCAGAUCUAUGACAUAUUCCAGCUUCUUCCAUCAAAGAUUCAGGUUGGUGUGUUCUCUGCCACAAUGCCACCUGAGGCCCUCGAGAUCACAAGGAAGUUCAUGAACAAACCCGUGAGGAUUCUUGUGAAGCGUGAUGAACUCACCCUGGAAGGUAUAAAGCAAUUCUAUGUCAAUGUCGACAAGGAGGAAUGGAAGCUUGAGACUCUUUGCGAUCUGUAUGAGACCUUGGCUAUUACCCAGAGUGUCAUUUUUGUUAAUACUCGACGCAAGGUUGACUGGUUGACUGACAAGAUGAGGAGCCGAGACCAUACAGUUUCUGCCACCCAUGGAGACAUGGACCAGAACACCAGAGACAUCAUCAUGCGAGAGUUUCGUUCUGGAUCAUCUCGUGUCUUGAUCACCACUGAUCUUUUGGCUCGUGGUAUUGAUGUUCAGCAAGUCUCCCUAGUUAUUAACUAUGAUCUGCCCACCCAGCCCGAGAACUACCUUCACAGAAUUGGUCGUAGUGGACGUUUUGGAAGGAAGGGUGUUGCAAUCAACUUCGUAACAAAGGAUGAUGAGAGGAUGCUGUUUGACAUCCAGAAGUUCUAUAACGUGGUUGUGGAGGAGCUGCCAUCAAACGUCGCGGAUCUUCUGUGAAGAGAUUUUGUCUUCUUAAUUACCCAAGGAAAAAGCCGGUAUCUGCGUAGUAAGUGUUGCUUUGUAUUGAAGUUUAUUUUCUGUUUUUCGUCCUUUGAGCCCUCCACAUCCCCCCACCAUUUUGUGUCGUCUCUUAUAUUAUUUAGGAUCUAGUUACUUAAUUUAUGGUUGUUGGAUUAAUAUUUAAGUGGUACAAGUUAAAAAUUGCAAUGUGAAAACCAUCGUUGCCUGAAUUGUUUGUGGUGGCCACUCUGUUGUUGCAUACUUUCUACCUACUAAUGUUAUUAAUGUAUGUAUUCUUUUGAGGUAUG